AGUCAAUUACUAAAUGAGAACUGUUGCUGAAGUGUUGUUCAAAUGCAGUGUAGAAUCCAGACAUCCUCUGCAAGAGUGGAGACCCUUGGAACAUCAUUUGUAGAUACCAGGACUUCCUUCUCCUGUGAAGAUGGUGCUGCUAGAUCAAUGCUGUAAUUAAACUGCAAACAUCUGCAGCCUGGAUUCUCUCAUGGACCACCACCAACUAGAAGUUCAACGCUGCACCAUCAAAAGAAUGCUAAUAUGAGCGUGGUCUUCUCUGCAGAAGAAGAGGGCUCUCACCCAUGGAUGUAAAUAAUUUUGGGUCUGCUUUCAUGCUUAUUAACACUUACUUGACUUGGUUUCUACGGAGAGAUUAUUUAACCUCUGAAGGAUCAGUUGGGAUUCCCCGUCAGAUCAGUUCUUGGGUGGAGCUUGCAGCAACUUGGGGCUAUGGAGUCUGGCUGUAGUCCCAGCAAGGGAGAUUUCUCUUCAGAGAAAAUCUGUUAACCAUUUGGAGGGAGUACAUGCGAAUAAGACGGAGUUCUUAAGCUCUGGUUCAGGUUUAAUCUCCCCGUGGGGAACGUCUGGUGAUCUGCAAGACCAUCUCUGCUAGAAAUGGAUAACUUCACAAACGGGCAGCCAGGCCCAGGUCAGCGGAACAGGUUGAUGGGAUUGCUAGAAACAGAUGACAGUAUCCCUGAAGAUAAACCUACAUCGAGUAAAAAGGAAGAAAGGUCAGGGCUACACGGAAAGAAAGGAGAGCCUCAGCCCUUGGAGACACCUUACCAGAAGGAAAGCAGUGACUUCCCUCCUCAAGUCAAGAUUAAUCUGAACUAUCGGCCUGGACUUGUCAGCAACCAGAAGGACCCCAAUCGCUUUGACAGAGACAGGCUUUUCAGCGCAGUCUCGAGAGGCAGCCCUGAGGCACUGAACGGCUUACUUGAGUACUUGAGGAGGACCUCGAAAUUUCUCACCAAUUCUGAAUACACAGAUGCAAAGACUGGGAAGACCUGCUUAAUGAAAGCCCUGCUGAAUUUAAAAAAUGGAAAAAAUGACACAAUCCCACUGUUGCUGGAAAUAGACCAAAAGACACAGAAUCCCAGGCCACUCGUCAAUGUGGCAUGCUCUGACUGUUACUACAGAGGCCAGACAGCACUCCAUAUUGCCAUAGAAAAAAGGAGCCUGGACUUAGUGAAACUUCUGGUAGAGAAUGGAGCUGAUGUCCAUGCCAGAGCCCAUGGCGAAUUCUUCAGGAAGAAGAAAGAGGGAGUUUGCUUUUAUUUUGGUGAACUUCCCCUCUCCCUGGCUGCUUGUACCAACCAGCUUGAGGUGGUAGAAUAUCUUCUAUACAACCCUCACCAAAAAGCCAGGCUCCAGGAGCAAGAUACACAGGGCAAUACAGUUCUGCAUGCCCUGGUGAUGAUUGCAGAUGACACUGAGGAGAACACCAAGUUUGUGAGCACAGUAUACGUUGAGAUCUUGAAGGCAGGUGUGAAGGUUGACCCAACAUGGAAACUGGAGGAGAUAGUGAACUAUGACGGAUUAAAUCCUCUGCAGCUUGCUGCCAAGACAGGCAAAGUGGAGAUCUUCAAACACAUCAUCCAAAGAGAGAUCAAAGACCCAGUGUACAGGCACCUGUCACGCAAGUUCACUGAAUGGACAUAUGGGCCCAUCCACGUCUCCCUCUAUGACUUGUCCUCUCUAGACAGCUUUGAGGAAAACUCUGUGCUGGAGAUUCUGGCAUACAGCAGUGACACGCCGAAUCGGUACAAGAUGGUGGUUUUGGAGCCACUGAACAAAUUGCUUCAGCAAAAGUGGGAAACAUUUGCUUCCAAGAGAUUCUACUUCAGUUUUAUCUCAUACUUGUCAUUCAUGAUCAUAUUUACAGCCAUUGCCUACUAUCAGCCCUUACGGGUAAAGCCUUCAUUUCCAGUGGAGUUCACGGCCGGAGGCUUCCUGUGGGUCUCUGGACUGAUAAUUAUCUUGCUAGGAGGCAUUUAUCUAAUUUUUGCUCAGAGUCUGUACCUGCGGAGGAGACGCCAGUCCCUGAAGACUAUGUGUUCUGACAGCUGUAUUGAGAUCUUGAUCUUCAUCCAGGCUUUCUCAUUGCUGUUGUCAGCAGUCCUGUAUGGUGCAAGUUCAGAAAACUACGUGGCGGUGAUGGUGUUCUCCCUGCUUUUGGGAUGGGUGAACAUGCUGUAUUACACUCGGGGCUUUCAGCGCACCGGGAUUUACAGUGUCAUGAUACAGAAGACUAUCCUGAGAGAUCUGCUGCGUUUCCUCUUGGUUUAUAUGAUCUUCCUCUUUGGCUUUGCUGCAGCUCUGGUUACCCUGAUGGGGGAUGCUCCUUCACUGUCUCAGAACAAGUCUGUUGCUCAGAUGGAGAAUGCUGGAAGCCAUGCUAUGUACGGGGGGCUGCUCAGCGUCUCCCUGGAGCUCUUCAAGAUCACCAUUGGGAUGGGUGACCUGGAUUUCCAGGAACAUGCCAGAUUCAGAUACUUCGUCAUGCUUCUGCUGCUGCUUUUCGUGAUCCUCACUUAUGUUCUUUUGCUCAACAUGCUGAUUGCGCUCAUGAGCGAGACUGUCACUGAUAUUUCUGGUGAUAGCAAAAGCGUCUGGAAGCUGCAGAGGGCUAUUGCUAUUCUGGAAAUAGAGAAGGCCUGGUUGUGGCGCCAAGGUGGGAAGAGGAGAUCUGGCUGCUUUAUGUCAGUGGGCCUCAAUAAGAAAGAUGAGAGAUGGUGCUUCAGAGUAGAGGAAAUUAAAUGGACAAAUUGGGCAAAGGAGGUGGGAGUUCUUAAGGAGGACCCUGGAAACACCAGUGAUUCAGAAAUAAAUCCAGAAGAGACAAGAUCAAGGAAACAGGUGCCACAGAAACAACUGAGAUCAGCUGUUUCAGAGGAGCAGUCACUACUGCAGCCCCAGCUAUCAGCAACUGAGAUGAUGCCUCUAGAGGGACAAACCAGAAAUCUUUAGCGUCUUCAAAGGAGUAGUCUUCCUAUAGCAGCUUGAAGAAUUGAAGGCAUUGUCAGUAUUAAAGUGCAUUUCACCGAAGACUGUGGUUCAGCCUGUGGCUUUAAGUGUUUUCAUGCACUUUAAUUAUGAAUUUCCUCUGAAGAAGCCAUUUUAUCUCAACCUUCUCUGCCUGACACUUUCUUAUUACUAUGUUUAAAGGUGCAAGAGCAAGAUCAUAGUGGCAGUGGGGAGUGGCCUUUGGGAGGGCAGUGCUUUGUCAGCUGCAUAGAAAUAAUGCUGUUUGCCAUAAAGAAGUGAAGGAUGGAGUUGACCUGCCUAAGAAUGGGUUGACUUAUUCUUUUGUCACAAGAGACUGCACUGAAGUGCUUUGGAAUAAAGAGUAUUUUAGAGGCGUAAA